GAAAAGGGAGAGGAGAGGGUGAGAGGGAACAGUUAGCUGCCAGAGAGCUGUUCCAGGGACCACACGGGGAAAGGCCUUGCUAAAGCAACAAACCUGAUAUUUUUCAAGGACCAGGCGGACUGAGGUGGAGCCAUGAAGUACCUGCUCAUCUCCCUGGCCCUGUGGCUGAGCACAGCGGGCGUAGGUGGGACAGAGCUGGCGCUCAGCGAGACACAGCGCAGGGGCUUGCAGGUGGCUCUGGAGGAGUUCCACCGACACCCACCUGUGCAGUGGGCCUUCCGAGAGAUGGGUGUGGACAGCGCCGACGACGUGUUCUUCUCAGCGGGCACCUUUGUGCGGUUGGAAUUUAAGCUCCAGCAAACCAGCUGCCUCAAGACAGACUGGAAAAAACCCGAAUGCAAAAUCAAACCAAAUGGGAAAAAGCGGCAAUGCCUUGCCUGUAUCAAACUGGACCCCAAGGGUAAAGUUCUAGGCCGGAUGAUCCACUGCCCAAUACGGAAGCAAGGGUCUCAGGAGCCUCAGGAGUCCCAGUGCAGAAAGAUAGCAGAGACUGGCGAGGACCCCGGCAGCUACUUCUUCCCUGGACAGUUUGCCUUCUCCAGAGCCCUGAGAACCAAAUGAGCCCUGGGCAGGACUUCAUCUUUCUGGACAGCAGUGGCGGUGCCCAGUGGAAGCACAUGCCUCCCAAAGACUUCGUACUCCAGGCUAAUAAAAUUGCUGUGUUCCCUUCCAA